AUGUCAUGUUUCCUUUUUACAAUACAAACUUACGCAAAAGUACCGGUUAUCUGCGACGAAAAAACGUAUGAGCAAUGGAGAUUUGAUCUUCAUCACAGAUUUGAUGAAGUAUCUCAGUACGACUGUCCUUCGUCGUCUUGUGGUGGCCAGUGUGUUGCACUUGUGAAAUGUGGUUGUGGAGCUCCGUAUACGGGAUUGUGGUCUCCUGGUUAUAACGUGGCCGCAUACUGUCAACAUGGUACAGGACAUGUGGCAGCGGGGACAGCUAUAGCAACAUUUGAGCAUGGAACAUACAAUAACAGGUGGACAGAUCAUACUGCGGUAUUCUUGCGAUGCAGUGGAAAUGGAAAAUUUCAAGUUAUGGAACAGGCUUGUGAAUUCAGUUGCAGGCUGGCUGAGUAUUCGUCAUACAGCUCAUAUUACCACCGGUUUAGCGUCAUCCUUACAGACCGGGGAAAUUUGAAUCCAGGUCACCACUGCUCAUGGAAAUACAGUGGUUGUUAAACAUUUCAAAGACAAUGUGCAUUUUUGUUUGACAUUCAUAAUUUUGGAAAUGAUAUAUUGAUAUACAUAAAAAUCAAAUAUAUAUAUAUUCUGAAUCUAAACAUA